AUGGUCGACUACGUUCCCUAUCCGCAUACCAGCAUGCCUCACGACUUCCAGCUCUACUCCCACGAGGAGCAGCAGCUCGAAUACCUCCCCGCCACCCAGCCCUUCCUCCCCUCGAACUCCUACUCCAUGGACCCCACAUUCAGCGCUCCCUAUGAGCAUAUGUCUUCGCUUGCUGAGGCGCCCAGGCCUCAGGACCUCCAGUUCCACUACGAUGGCAUCGCACAGGGCGUGAAGUCCACCUUCCAGUACCAGAGCCCUUCAGGAUCACCGAACUCGACAUCGUACUCCUUCCAAGAUCAACCGCCAGUGCUCUCUGCCUCGUCCGAGUCUGGCGCCUCAGUGUCGUCCUCCGCCAUGGGCUCGCCGUCGCUUAACCCACAGUUCAGCGAACCCUGGAAUCCAAUGGCCAACGGCCUUGGGCUCACUUCGGGCUUCGAAUACAGCGGCCUGACCCAUGCUAACGCAACCUGCACAGACCCCAACCUGGUCCAGCCCUUUGGCAACCCCCUGGCUUACCCUCCGGCAUCGCCCUAUCCAGAGAUCCGCACAACACCAUCACCCUACUUCCCGGUGAUCGAACACCCUCCGUCGCCUGCCCUUUCACAAAUCUCUUCACACAGCCAGCGCCCUGGCUCCAGGAACCUGAAGAAGGGCAGCCAGUCACCUUAUCUCGACACCCAGCGCUUCCAGCCGUACCCCAACUUCAAUGGCGCAAGACGACGAUCAGAUGCUUCUCUCCACUCACAGCACUCGGGCACCAGCCGCAAGAGCGGCAGCAGCUACGAGCUAGACGACGAGACGAGGGAGAAGGGCCUUUGCCCCCUUCCAGAGUGUGGACGCGUCUUCAAGGAUCUGAAGGCGCACAUGCUCACCCACCAGAACGAGCGGCCGGAGAAGUGCCCAAUUACAACGUGCGAAUACCACAUCAAGGGCUUCGCACGAAAAUACGACAAGAACAGACAUACCUUGACCCACUACAAGGGCACCAUGGUCUGCGGCUUCUGUCCCGGGUCCGGCUCGGCGGCGGAGAAGUCGUUUAACCGCGCCGAUGUCUUCAAGCGACAUCUUACCUCAGUCCACGGUGUCGAGCAGAAUCCUCCCAACAGCCGGAAGAAGUCGCCGACGGGACGCAAGGCCUACUCUGGCGCGCAGAACCUGGCCGGUACCUGCUCGACGUGCUCGGUGACUUUCGCCAACGCGCAAGAGUUCUACGAGCACUUGGACGACUGCGUGCUCCGCGUGGUGCAGCAAGCCGACCCCAGCGAGGCCAUCAACCAGCGCCUCCUCACCUCCGUCGCCGAAGACAAGGACGUCACCGAGACGCUCGACCGCAACGGGCUCUCCAACAGCGUCGAGUACAGCGUCCCUAGCUACGACGAAGACGAGGAGGAGGAUGACGAAGAAGAAGUCGACGUCGACGAUGCCAACGACGACACCUACGGCGUGCGGCGCUCGCGCUCCGGCAAGGGCUCCCUCAAGACGCACAAGGGUCCUCGGGCCGGGCUGACCUUUUCCAAGGGCGGCGUGGCAAUCACGGGCUCGGGCCGCAAGAAGCGCAAGAACUACCCCGUUUCCUGGGGCUGCCCGACCGACAAGAUGAAGAUGAAGAAGCGCGUGCUCUGCGUCUACGACGGCCCGCGCCGGCUGUGGAAGGACGACAUGAUGCUCGACCAGGAGUUCGAGGUCCGCAUGAAGCUGCCCGACGGCAAGAGCUACGUCACAGACUUGGACGUGCAGACGCUGAAGCGCGCUGAGGCGCUGCAUGGCGCUACGCCUGAGGAGCGCGGCCCUUGGGCCCCGGAUAAUGUCAUCGACGCUCCGCCGAUGCCGCAGGCGCCCGAGAUGCUCGAGGAGUAUAUGAUAUGA